UCUCGCCGCGCGGACGCAGAUGUGUCCGACGUCCCACACGGCCGGUCGGAAGGCGGACGCUCAGAGUGCCGGGUUCCGGUGCUCCAGGGUGAGGGAGGAUGGUUCUCCGGCAGCUGCUGGCAGCUCUGCUGCACAGCCCACAGCUGGUGGAGCGGCUGUCGGAGUCUCGGCCUAUCCGGCGCGCGGCGCAGCUCACAGCUUUCGCCCUGCUCCACGCGCAGCUGCGAGGCCAGGACGCGGCCCGCCGCCUUCGCGCUCUCGCGGCCGGCCCCGCGGGCUUUCUGGGUCGCCGCGCUGUACGCUUCCGUGACGCCUUCUCCCAGGAACUGCGCGACGGCCUCCGGGACCGUCCCCGACCACCACCGGGUAGCCAGAAGCGCCCCGGCACACGCUCUUAAGAUCUGUGGCUGGGUCUGGCUGAGGUCACCGACUUUCCCUUCACUGCUCGAUCCUGACCUUGGCGUGAAGGAGUUCUCUAGGGCCCCACGCAUGCCUUCGGAUUCUGAGGUCGUCGGCCUUCAGACCUCUCGCUAAGAAUUCUGGCCAAACCCAUAUCCACGUUGAAGCCCCAGAUUGGAGAAAGAUUCCCUAAGUCUGGCAGAUAAAUAUAGACUGGACCCAAACGACGCACGUACGACAGCCAUGGACCCACAGCCAGCCUGCCUGCCCGCCCUCUACAAACGGGACUGCACUGGUGCAGCAGGGUGCUGAUUCCAGGGAAGAUAAGACGAUGGGUGGAAAGACAAGCCUUCAGCUGCCAAAUUCUCUCAUUAAACGUGUGAGCUUACUCGUAA